CCAAAGUUAAUAACCGUGUGGAAUCAUCGAGAACCGAAGCCAGAAGAAAAAUUCAAACCCUCCGACGAUGACGGAAUCAACAUUCGUUAUUGCUCCUCCGCCGGAGAUAACUAAUCUGAACCCUAGCAUGUUUUCUGAAUCCGAUGUGAUUUCUAUUCCGCCGCUAGAUCCUCUUUUUGUAUCUGAUUCUGAUCCGAUUUCACUGGAUGCGCCGAUCUCCGAUCUCGACUUCUUACUCGACGAUGAGAACGGAGAUUUCGCUGAUUUCGAUUUCUCGUUUGAUACUUCUGAUGAUUUCUUCGAUUUCGAUUUGUCAGAGCCCGCGGUGGUGAUCCCUGAGGAGAUCGGGAAUAGUCGUUCGAAUUUGGAUUCAUCGGAAAACAGAAGCGGCGAUGGAGGUUUAGAAGGAAGAUCUGAUUCGGUUCAUUCUCAGGUUUCAUCUCAAGGCUCAAAGACUUUUGUGUCCGACACCGUUGACGCAUUAUCCUCCCCUGAAUCGAGCAAUCACCAGAAAUCUUCUGUCAGCAAGAGGAAGAAGGAAAAUGGAGACUCCAGUGGCGAAUUAAGGAGCUUCAAGUACCAAAAGUCUGAUGAUAAAUCAGUCGCUACGAACAACGAAGGUGAUGAUGACGACAAGAGGAAGUUGAUAAGGCAGAUUAGGAACCGUGAAAGUGCUCAGCUUUCGAGGUUGAGGAAGAAGCAACAAACUGAGGAGCUUGAAAGAAAAGUGAAGAGUAUGAAUGCCACCAUUGCUGAAUUGAAUGGUAAGAUUGCUUAUGUUAUGGCUGAGAAUGUAGCUUUAAGGCAACAAAUGGCUGUUGCUUCUGGUGCUCCUCCUAUGAAUCCUUAUAUGGCUGCACCGCCUUUACCGUAUCAAUGGAUGCCGUAUCCGCCUUAUCCUGUUAGGGGCUAUGGAUCACAGACUCCUUUGGUUCCCAUUCCCAAGUUGAAUCCUAAGCCUGUCUCGAGUUGUAGACCGAAGAAGGCAGAGAGUAAGAAGAAUGAGGGCAAAAGUAAGCUCAAGAAGGUUGCUAGUAUUAGUUUUAUUGGAAUUCUCUUCUUUAUGUUCUUGUUUGGUACAUUGGUUCCGUUUAUGAAUGUAAAUUAUGGAGGAGAAGGUGGAAGCUUUGGCGGUUUGUCUAAAUAUGAUGGUCACCGGUAUUACGAUGAACAUAAGGGGAAGGUUCUAAUGGUCGGGGAUGGUUCUGAUGUUAGAAGAGAAAGUGGGAUUUCUGAAGGAAAUAUACAUUCUAGUAGGAUAAUUCAUGGUGAGAGAGAUAGUUGUGGAGGAGUAGAUUAUAAUGCUCAUCCGAAAGUAGAAGGACGAUCAAGUUCAUUGAGCAAUGCGAGUGAUCCUCUCUUUGCUUCUCUCUAUGUCCCAAGAAACGAUGGGCUUGUGAAGAUCGAUGGGAACUUGAUAAUUCACUCUGUUUUGGCGAGUGAGAAAGCAACGACUCUAGGGAAGAAGAAUAUCACUGAAACAGUCAAAAGUAAAGAACCUGAUUUGACCAUACCUGGUGCACUGUCUUCUGCUAUAGCUGUUCCGGAGGUAAGAGGAAAUGCAGCAAUGCUUCCACAUUCAACAGCUCUCUCUUCUGAAGGGAAAAGACUUCACCAGUGGUUUCAUGAAGGUGGCUCAGGGACACUAAUGGAUUACAGCAUGUGCACCGAGGUUUUCCAGUUUGAUAUUGCUCCCGGUGCGAUAGUCCCAUCAUCAGUCUCAAACAUUUCUGCGGAGCAUCUCCAAAAUGUCACUACCCACGGCAAGAGAAUGAAGAACAGGAGAAUUCUCGAGGGACUUCCUGUUUCACUUGUGGCGUCUGAGCUCAAUAUCACCGGAACCCAGCCGAACAAAGACGCUCAAAACAAGACCUUUAAUGGAAACACUAACAAACCCACAUCAUCAUCCUCCAUGGUUGUCUCAGUGUUGCUGGAUCCAAGAGAGGUCGUCGACUCUGAAAACGACAGAGUGGUGCCCCCAAACCCAAAAUCACUUUCCCGGAUCUUUGUGGUUGUACUUCUUGACAGUGUCAAGUACGUUACCUACUCAUGCGUUCUUCCUCGGUCGGGUCUCCAUCUCGUAGCCACCUGAUAUGAGCUACUCAGAUCUUGACCUUAAGUAGGAGAACAUUGACUUGUUUAUACAUACAGACCUUAUUGACUUUUUUCCCUGUGUUGUAUAACUUUAUGUUCUAAGGUUUUGGAUUUUAAUUUUGAGAUAACCAGAAAGUGAAUCCUUUGCUUUACCUUGGGUUUUUCCGGUAGCUUUUGGCUGGAAAAAUACAUUUGAUGGCUACAG